AUGCCAGUCUCCUUCGAGCUGAAAACAGAUUCCGAGCAGCCCGACACCCUCACCAUAUCGUCAGAAUGUCCAGAUCUCGACCCAGAAAUCGCCGCUGGGAAUUCACCCCAUUUCCUCAUCACCAUCAACGAUCCCCAAACCCUCUCAAUCCUCGGUACCAAAUUAGCCACCGGCGACACCAACAUUCCCAUCCUUCAGCCGCAGUCUUCACGCAAGUCCACCGACGACCACUUCUUACUUCCCAGCACUGCGAUCAAAGCGCUGCGCAUCUGGAUCUCCCCCUAUGUCUACAGCAACGAUGUUCUUGAACUAGUCAAACUCAAUCAUGUCACACAUGAGAUCCCCUACCUAUUGAUGGAAUCGAUCGUCGAAAGCUGGCGCGAAGCGUUCCGCUGCAUUCCAGAGCGGCAUUCUAUCGAACGCGUCGAAUUUGAUGUGCGUUAUGAAGAAGUACACAUGGUAACGUUCGUUGCGCGUAUGCUGCAGGCUGUUGCGACAGCGAUGUAUAUGAAGGCAAGACGGACGAUGGGGAGGGAUCUGGUGUUUACCGUUACGGGUUGUGAAAAUGCGAAGAGGAGGAGGUUGUUGGAAUGUGGACUGCCUGGUAAGAAAGAGGGACUUGGGGCUCCGGUAGCCAAGGAAGAUACGACGGUAGCGGAUGCACUGCACCUUCAAUGA